AUGUCUACAUUCAAACUAAUUGACGUGCGUGCAAAUCUUACUAAUAAUGAGUACUCAGGUUGUUAUGGAAAUACUCCAAUUAAGAUUCACAAACCAGAUCUAGAACAAGUUUUAGAAAGAAGUUGGGAAGCAGGUUUGCAGAAAAUAAUAAUCUGUGCUAUGGAUUUAGCUGAGAGUAAAAAAGCCCUAAAAAUAGCAAAAAGUGAUAGCAGAUUGUUUACUACGGUUGGAUGUGCGCCUACAAGCUGUUUACAAUUUGAAGAAAAUGGUGAACCUGAUUUAUAUCUCCAACAACUAAAAGAUGUAAUUACUUUAGGAAAAGAAAAAGUUGUUGCUAUUGGAGAGUGUGGUCUUAAUUGUGGCAUAACAAUGUCUACAUUAAAAUUCAUAGACAUAAAAGCAAAUUUAACUAAUAGUCAGUUUUCUGGUGCCUACAAAUGUUGUUUUAGAGAUCCUCCAACUCAGAUUCAUAAGCCAGAUGUAAAACAUGUGUUGGAAAGAAGUUGGGAUGCUGGUUUGCAGAAAAUAAUAAUCUGUGCUCUAGGUUUAGCUGAGAGUAAAAAAGCUCUAAGAAUAGCAAAACUGGAUAGCAGAUUGUUUACUACAGUUGGAUGUACGCCUACAAGGUGUUUACAAUUAGAAGAAAAUGGUGAACCUGAUUUAUAUCUCCAACAACUAAAAGAUGUAAUUGCUUUAGGAAAGAAAAAAGUUGUUGCUGUUGGAGAGUGUGGCCUUAAUUGUGACGUAUACUGCUAUUACCCAAUAAAUGUUCAACUGAAAUGCUUUGAAGUUCAAGUACAAUUAAGUCAAUUAUUCAAUUUACCAUUAAUAAUGUAUUCUCAAGGAGACAGCGCACCCAAAAUGCUGCUCGACAUCAUACGUAAAUAUCCAGGGACAAAAGGUGUUAUACAUUACUUAGAUCCUACUAUAGAAAAGAUGAGAAAAUGGAUAGAUGAAGGAUUUUAUAUCGGAUUAGAUACAUGGUCUUUCAGAUCAGAACAGGCGAUCGAAAUGGUUAAAAGAAUACCUGUGGAUAAAAUGUUAUUUCAAACAAAUUGUCCUGAUAGGGUAAUACAACGCACCUUCCCCGCCUAUUGGCAUGUUUCUAGAGAGAACUUAGAGUUGUUGACAACAAAUAAACGAAAGUGGAGACCUGAUUUUAUGGUAACUGGAAGGAGCGAACCGUGUAAUAUAAGGCAGAUACUGGAUAUGGCGGCUUUCGUUACCAACAAAAACAAAAACGAUUUAGCAGAACAAGUUUAUUGCAACACAACUCGUUUGUUCAAUUUUGGGGAAAAUACUUAA